CCGUCACCGUAACAGCGUCUAGUAUUUGUUUAUGACUCACCACACUGGUCAGUCUCUGAAAGUUGACUGCUCCCCUGAAGCUCCUUGCAGCAUCCGAUAGGGUGCUCAAGGCCGGAAGUGAAAAAGAGAAAACAGAAACUUUUAAGACUCACAGCUGUAUCUGUAACACCGUCAUCCGCCAUUCCGUUCAUUUGACGCGAGCAUUGAGUCUCCUUAGACUUUCAAUGAAGUUCUCCCGUCAGAUCAGGCCAACUCACAGGUUUCACGUCGCCCACCUGGUCGCACUCACCGUUAGAAGACCUUCUUAUUCAUCCAUCGUUUUUUGCAGCCAACACUGAACAUCAGACAAUCAUACGAGAAGUCUUUCAGCCUGGAUGCUUCAAGUCCUCGCGCAGUACAACGCCUGGAACAUAUACUGGACUUCAGAGAUUGACGUGCUUGCUCACGAUUCCGAAGAGUUAUCCCCCGUUUGCCGUUACGCCCUUUGUAAUCUUCAGAGAUGGCUGCUCCAAUUCGGUCCGGCACGUCCAAGAAGUUGUGCCCGUGCGAUGUCUGCAAGAAAACCUUCAGUUCCAACGCCAAACUUCGAGUCCACCUCAGAACGCAUACAGGAGAGAAGCCCUACGAGUGUACAUUGUGCGGAAAGAUGUGCAGUCAGGCAGAGGACCUCAGGAGACACAUCCGAAUCCAUACAGGAGAAACUCAUUUCGAGUGCACAGUUUGCAAUAAGAAGUUUCUCAGAGAAUCUGGUCUGGUACAUCAUGUCAGAACUCAUACAGGAGAGAGGCGUUAUGAGUGCACGAUUUGCGGUAAAAAGUUUAGUGGUAGUAGUGGUCUCGUAUUCCAUCUAAGGACCCACACUGGGGUAAAGCCGUUCCAGUGUACGGUUUGCAACAAACUGUUUCGUCAAAAAGCUCAUCUCAACUCCCACACCAAAUUCCAUACUGGCGCCAAGCCUUUCAAGUGCAUGGUUUGUGACAAGCAAUUCAGCCAUGGAUCUUCUCUGAAAUCUCAUGUUAGAACACACACAGGGGAAAGACCCUACAAAUGUACAGCGUGUGAGAAGAAUUUUACUCAAGCCUGUCAUCUCUUAGUUCAUGUUCGGACUCAUACAGGUUUCAAACCUUUUAAAUGCACAGUUUGUGCCAAAAGUUUCACACAAGGAGGUGAACUCCGAUGUCAUCUUAGAAUCCAUACUGGGGAGAAGCCUUACGAGUGCACAGUUUGCAACAAGAAGUUUGGGCAAGGAAGUGAACUCAAAUCUCAUUUCAGAGUCCAUACCGGUGAAAAAUCUUUAAGAUGCACGAUUUGCAACAAGCUGUUUUCUGCUCUACACUCUUUGAAAGUUCAUCUCAGAAUCCAUACAGGAGAGAAGCCUUUUGAGUGUGCUGUUUGCAAUGCUAAGUUUUCUGUCAGCAGUCAUCUCAAAUCUCAUCUCAGAAUUCAUACAGGACACCUAGGAACUCACACAGGGGAGAGUCCAUUCAAGUGCACAGUGUGCAAGAAGAAGUUCAGUCGAAGUUGCACCCAUUUAAAAACCCAUACAGAGGAGAGGCCUUAUGUCUGCACAGUGUGUAAUAAUAAGUUCAGUCAGAGGGGCAACCUUCUGACUCAUCUACAGGACCACUUGAGAGAGGACUGAUUUCAUGCAAAGGACCAUAAUGUAUGUUUUCCUGAGUGUUUUUUUUUAUCAAUGUUCAAAGGUGUGAGCUUAUUUACAAGUGUUACACGUCUAAGCUUAAUCUGUAUUCGUUGUGAAGGCUUAAGUUUUGCUUCCUUGCAUUAAGUGCUGCAUUGUAAGAUAACUUAUGUUAUUGGUUAAAAUCGUUGAUUUUUAGUAAACCUUUCUAUUAGCCGAUACUUCAA